CUGGCUUGGAGAGCAGAGACUGCUGUGUAGAGAGAGAGAGGGAGGGCUGUCCUCCAUGUUUUAGUAAGCAUUGACAUUAUCCACUGUUUUAAGCCAUGCAUCCACAGAGUUUGGCUGAAGGAGGGAAGGAGUCAGAUGCAAUUGCAAGGAUGGAAAUCGCAACACGAUCCAAGGUCUCUGAUCAAGGGUCAGCAGAGAGGACCGUCCCUAAGCGCAAGGUUUCCAGCCCCCCUCACUCCUCAAACGGACACUCGCCAUCGGAAUCCUCCUCCAGUCCUGUCAAAAAGAAGAAGAAACCAGGAGCCGUCAAUAACAGUAAAGACCAGUCAGAACUAAGACAUGGUCCCUUUUACUAUGUGAAGCAGCCCGCACUCACCACAGACCCUGUUGAUGUUGUACCGCAGGACGGGCGGAAUGACUUCUACUGCUGGGUGUGCCACCGCGAGGGCCAAGUGCUCUGCUGUGAGCUCUGCCCGCGCGUCUACCACGCUAAGUGCCUCAAACUGGCUGCAGAGCCCGAGGGAGACUGGUUCUGCCCUGAAUGUGAGAAAAUAACAGUUGCAGAGUGCAUAGAGACUCAGAGUAAAGCUAUGACGAUGCUCACAUUGGAUCAGCUGUCUUUCCUGCUGAAGUUUGCUCUCCAGAAGAUGAAGCAGCCUGGUACGGAGCCAUUUCAGAAGCCGGUGUCUUUGGAACAGCAUCCUGAUUAUGCAGAAUAUAUAUUUCAUCCCAUGGAUCUCUGUACUUUAGAAAAGAAUAUUAAAAAGAAAAUGUACGGCUCCACUGAGGCUUUCCUGGCUGAUGUGAAGUGGAUUUUGCACAACUGUAUCAUUUAUAAUGGAGGCAACCAUAAACUUACAGCAACAGCUAAAGUUAUUGUAAAGAUCUGUGAACAUGAAAUGAAUGAGAUCGAGGUCUGUCCAGAGUGCUAUCUCUCUGCAUGCCAGAAAAGGGAUAACUGGUUUUGUGAACCAUGUAGCAACCCCCACCCUCUGGUCUGGGCCAAGCUGAAGGGAUUCCCAUUUUGGCCUGCCAAAGCUCUUCGAGACAAAGACGGACAAGUGGAUGCACGGUUCUUUGGGCAGCACGACAGGGCCUGGGUUCCUAUUAACAACUGCUACCUCAUGUCCAAAGAGAUCCCCUUCUCUGUGAAGAAGACCAAGAGCAUCUUCAACAGUGCCAUGCAAGAGAUGGAAGUCUACGUAGAGAACAUCCGGAAAAAAUUUGGAGUCUUCAAUUACGCUCCAUUCCGCACACCCUACACACCAGACAACCAGUUCCAGAUGCUCCUGGACCCGGCAAACCCUAGCGCGGGCUCCGUCAAACCUGAAAAACAUGAGAAGAUCAAGUUCAGCUUUGAUGUAACGGCAUCUCCAAAGUUGCUUAUGGGUAAGAGCAUGGUGUCCAGUGGAAACGUUGGAGGCGGGACAGGAAGGCGAAUCUCAAUGACGGACAUGCCUCGUUCACCAAUGAGCACUAACUCCUCUGCCCAUACGGGAUCUGAUGGAGAACAGGAGACUGCAGAGAAAGGUCAUGCUAGAGCGGCCCUGCCACAUUACAGCACUGGAGAGGAGUCAGUGGACUGCACUGCAUCGCCUGCCCCUCCUAGAGCAGGUCUCACAGGAAACACCUUAGAGAGCCCUAAACCUUUCCAUUCACCGGCUCCCAGCACCCCUGUUAAACAGGAGAAGACCCCCACUACCGGCAGCAUCCUCAACCUCAACCUCGAUCGUAGUAAGGCAGAGAUGGACCUGAAGGAGCUGAGUGAAAGUGUCCAGCAACAACAGCAGCAUGGGGCUCAGCCCUCCCUCACCUCCCCUAAGAGACAGAUCAGAAGCCGUUUCCAACUUAACCUGGAUAAGACCAUAGAGAGCUGCAAAGCACAGCUGGGUAUAGAUGAAAUAUCUGAGGAUGUGUAUAAAGGCGUAGAGCACAGCGAUACAGAGGAAUCCGACAAGUCUGUCUCCAGCGACAGUGAAUACGGUAGUGACGAUGAACAGAAAUCUAAGAGCGGCCAAGAUGACAAAACCGUAGCUGAUGAUAAAAAUGAGAAAGAGCCACCCAAGAAAAAGUCAAAACCAUCGGCGGCUGCUGGUGAGGGCAAAGACAGCAGUGCAGAGUCUGCUGUUACAGCCAGUACAACAACCAAAGGAGAAACCAGCCAAAAAACAAGCACCUCCGAGCCUAUAACUAAAGACAAACCAGGUAUGGAUUCAGAGAAAGAACCUCCUGAGAAACUGAAAGCUGCUCCCGCAUCCCCAGAUCCCAGAGAGAAACCCAAGGGCUCUGAGGAGGCCGUGCAGCCAGCAUCUGUGGAUGAAGACAUGGACUCGGACUCUGAGAGGGAGCUGGUCAUUGACCUGGGAGAAGAGCAGGCAGGGAAGAAGAGGAAGAGGAACAGGAAAGAUUCAGCCGCUGUCACUGCACUCAAAGAGCCCACAGCCUCCAAACCUGAAGGUCAGAUUCUCUUUAUGAAUCAGUAUACUGUACCUGUGGUGCAGCAGGCCGUCGUGUGGAACCCCACCACCAAGUUUCAGACGUCCUCUCAAAAGUGGCACAUGCAAAAGGUGCAUAGGCAGCAGCAGCAGGGCCAAACGCAACCAGCCACACAGGCGCAGGUGUUAACGCAGGUGCAGCGCAGCCAACAGCCGCAGCAGCAAGCGCAGGUCUCCUCAUCCUCGUCGGGACAGCAGCCUUCAUCCAGCACCAGAUACCAAACACGACAGGCUGUGAAAACAGUGCAACAGAAAGACUCGACACACACCACGUCCACCUCUGCCGUCACCCUGGUGACCAGCACACCGGUAUCGGCCACCAUGAUGGCAGGACCCACCGUCAGCUCUUCCUCUUCAUCAUCAACAUCCACAACUGGAGACUUCCAGAUCCCCACCACGUCUGCAGAUGUAGCAGCUGAUAUAGCAAAGUACACUAAUAAAAUCAUGGAUGCAGUUAAAGGGACGAUGACUGAGAUAUAUAAUGACCUUUCCAAAGGCACAUCGGGAAACACAAUAGCAGAGAUAAGACGGUUGCGAAUUGAAAUUGAAAAACUGCAGUGGCUACAUCAACAAGAAUUAUCAGAGAUGAAGCACAAUUUAGAGCUAACCAUGGCAGAGAUGAGGCAGAGUCUUGAACAGGAGCGAGAGCGGAUCAUGACAGAGGUCAAGAAGCAGAUGGAGGUGGAGAAACAGCAGGCCAUAGAUGAAACUAAAAAGAAGCAGUGGUGUGCAAACUGCAGAAAGGAGGCCAUUUUCUACUGCUGUUGGAACACCAGCUACUGCGACUAUCCCUGCCAACAAGCACACUGGCCUGAGCACAUGAAGUCAUGCACACAGUCUGCAACAUCUUCACAGCAAGAACAAGAGUCAGAAGGCAGCACAGAUGUUACUCCCAAAGUCCCUGGACAGCCGAACAACUCACCUAGAGAGACUGCAUCUGCUACACCUGCAGACAAAAACAGUGAAGUGGAUAAAGCUAAGGACAGUGUCACUGUCACUAUGUCCUAGCUCAUAUGUACAAAACAUACACUACAUCAGCACUUAUGUCUGUACAGCUGUACAUAGAUGUUGUCAAAUUCUUCACUACAUUUUUUUUAACUGUUUGUCUUGCCUGACUGUGCGUUUGUGUUUUUUUUUAAUGUAAUGACUAUGUCUGAAUGUUCCAAAUCUAAGACACACAGACCAUUUCCUGCUGUAGGAUUGAGAGGGUUGUCCACUACUUUGUUGGGUUCGAUUCUAAAAAAAAAAAAGAAGACCAGUUUAUUUAUUGUUCUUUUUAAAUCUUGUAGGUACAUGGGGUCUGAUAACUUUUAUUUGAGUUCAUCCUUUUUAAUGUUGCCAAAAUAUGUUUAUAGUAUUCAGAAAGCCUGAUCUGCUGGUAAUCUUUCAAAGAUGAGUCCCGUCACUCAUGUCAUGGUUACAGCGAAAUGGUGGUUUUUAUUUCCAGUUCCAAAAACUAGUACAGAAUGUGUUUACUUUUAUUUUUACUAAUUUAAGAAGAGUAUUGUGCUGUAUUUCUUGGAUUGUCUUAUUUAUGCUAUUUUAUCAAAACAUUUGGUUAUAUAAAACUUAAGAGACAACAUCGUAUCUUCUCCAUACAGCGCUAAGAUGAGUUUAAACACUGUUUUGCAAAAUAUGACUACUUUAUCACUAUAUUGUUCGAUUGUGUCUCCAUGGAAAGGAGAUGGUUACACAUGUUGUAAAACUGUAUUAUCACUAGAUAAGAGUGAGAAUUGUAAAUCUGAGACUCCCUUUAUUUGAUUACCUGUAAUAUAUCUUAAAUGCCUUCAGUUUUUUCUGUUUCGCCUGCUGUUUACCUCUGUGAUCCUGUUGAUGUUGCCGUUUGUGACAUCAAUAGGAUCUCAUUGUUCUCUUUUUAAGUUUACCUUGCAUUUGAAAGCCAGUGUUAGAUCAUUGAUGAAUGACAGAAGAUUUUGUCAUGUCUAUAUUGUUGGUGUCAAAGAAUUGUUUGCCUUUAAGAUGAUAAUUACUUUAAGACGAGUAAUUUAUGUUUCCUUUUUUAACCUUUAAAAGUACCCGAUUCAUUUGAUAAGAACAUUGGCUAAAUAUAUUAUUGUUUUUUAAAAUUACCUUCACACCAAUCCAGGUGAUUAAGGCAGUACUUGUUUAAUGCUGUUUUUGUUAGUUAUAAUUUUGCAUUUUGAUGCUGUAUUCUAAAUGUUUAAAGAACAAAUUCUUAUUAACCCAUAAGAUACUGCACCUAUGAACCACAAACAGAAAAAUUCCUGUAUGUUAUGCUGUUAAUAGUGCAUACAUAUGUUAUUCCAAACCAUAUACAGAGGGCAAAGGAGAGCGGUCAAGAGUGGCUGUCAGUCUAAAGAAGAACAGAUCGAUGUUUACAAUAUUGUAUAUAAAUAAAGAUCUGGUGGUCUAAAUUGUAAUUUAAUAGUUUUUGUAUGGUGCAAGUGAAUUAAAGAGAAC